AUGUACGUCUUUAACAUCUCCGGGGCUGCCAAGGUAAGUGGUACCCCAGGCCCCUUUGAUGGUCCCCAGUGGCCCCACCUGGCCCCCAGAAGCAUCUACAUGUCGGCUGCUGUGUUUAUGGGCAUGAUGGUGAUUUCUGCCUCCUUUGUGAAUGGGCUGGUCAUAAUAGUUUCCAUAAGGUACAAGAAGCUCAGGUCUCCUCUGAACUACAUCCUAGUGAACCUGGCGGUGGCCGACCUCCUAGUGACACUGUCUGGAAGCACUGUCAGCUUCUCCAGCAACAUCAGUGGCUUCUUCAUGCUUGGCAAAAAGUUGUGCGAGUUCGAAGGCUUCAUGGUCUCCGUAACAGGAAUCAUGGGGCUCUGGUCCCCAGCAAUCCUGGCCUUUGAAAGAUACAUCGUGAUUUGCAAACCCAGUGGAGAUUAGCAAAAACAUGCACUGAUGGGCUGUGCCUUCACUUGGAUUUGGUCACUUCUCCGGACAGUCCCACCAAGCCUUGGCUGGAGCAGCUACGUACCUGAAGGUCUGAGAACCUCCUGCGGUCCCAACUGGUACGCUGGCGGCAGCAACAACAAUAGCUACAUCACGGCCUUGUUUGUUACCUGCUUUGUGCUGCCUCUCAGUAUGAUCCUCUUCUCCUACACCAAUCUGCUGGUGAUGCUACGGGCCGUAAGCAGCCAGCAAAUGGUAUCUGCGACAACUCAGCAAGCAGAGCGGGAGGUGACACAGAUGGUGAUUGCUACGGUGCUGGCCUUUCUCACCAGCUGGCUGCCCUAUGCCACCUUUGCUAUGGUGGGCCACAAAGACAUCCCCAUCCACCCAGCUUCAGCAUCACUCCCUUCCUACUUCUCCAAAACAGGCAGAGUUUACAAUCCAGUCAUCUAUUUCUUCAUGAACAAGCAGUUCCAGAGCUGCCUGCUGAAAAUGAUGUGCUGCGGUUGCAUCCCAGCAGGGGUGGAAGACAACCCUCCAGCUCUGCCAAGCCCUCGUGUCAGUCUCAUUUCAGCCUCAGAGGGGUGUGGAAAUAAGGUGACACCUUCGUAA